AUGACAUGCCGUUGGAAACGCUCGGCGUGGCUAUUUUUGUCGUUCAACGACACUCCUGUAUGCAAGGACGACUUGAUGCAGCGGUCACCAAAGCGCACCGUGGUCGUGCCAAAGAAUGCAUCUUCACCUCGGAAACUUCGCGAGAAACCCGCGGCGGCAGACGUGUACCCGUCCCCUCCGACCUUGCCUCCGCGAGAUCUCGUCCCGUGGGGUAAUCAAGAGACCACAAGUACGAGUGUCUUCCAUGCCAACAAACAUCGCCGCAAACGCAUCGAUAUGAAACCGACGAUGGGAGGCGACCGCGCGAUGAUUCCUCCCGCCGCUAGCUCCAUCAUGCACCCAAUCAUUCGCACGAGCAUUGCCGCCGACACGUUGGACCAGCGGUUGAACUCGAUCAAGCACCAAAUCGACCACGUUCUUCUCGGUGGCAUGCUCAAGGACGACACAUCACCGCGGACAUCCCAACACCCGAGUCCGCGUCCCAUGACAACCAACGACACGCUUGUGUCGCCGCUGUCGCUGCGGUCCACGGUGCUGCCCGACAUCGACGCGUCCCCCGAAGCCAUCGCCAAGUCACAAGCGUACCUGUGCGCCGACGACGAGAUGGAAAAGUGGAUUCAGCACUACGAAGCCGAGAAGCACCGGUUCACGUCAUACGCACUCUUCACAGAGUACAAGCUGGACCAACUGGUCAACUUCACCGCGAGCACCGGCCGCCCCAAUGUCCUCGAAACCGCGGCAUGUUGCGCGGCACUAUUCAAGAUCCCUGGCAUUCUCGGCAACUACCGGUCGCUACUGCAAAAGAUCGUCGUGGGGCUUGAAUACGGACUCUAUGGCGAUUCCACCUGCGAGGCUUUGUUUAGUGAUGACGUGGGCGUCCAUACUUUGUGCACGCCGCGAAUGAACGACCGGUCCAGCGUCGACAUCGUCCGGUCGUUUUAUCACCGCAAGCCGUUCUUUAUCCAGCUGCGGGAACUCGAGCACGAUCAUGCGCUCAGCAUCCAUUUAGGUGGCGCCCGACGCUCCACGGCCCUGCUGGACCAAGAUAAGCGGCGCGUGAUUGAACUGUGCUCGGCCGACCUGUUGGAAGCCGGGCUGCUUCGAUUUGGCGACGAUGUGCGGCAGCAGAUCGGCAUGAAGCUGGUCGCGUCGGUCGCGCAUGGCGGCCCGCAUCUCGGCAAGGCGCACAUGUCGGACGUGUGCCGGCGGUUGCUCAAGCUAGCGGAGGCGCUGGAUAUGGACUCCAAGGCGCUGGUCGUAUCCAGUUUACUCGACGAGUUGGACGUCGACAGUCGCGCGUUGUCGGCGUUCCAAGGCUUGGGGGCGGACGGUGAAGCACGAAUGCUAAAGUGGAUAUUACAUCGCGAUGAAAAGGAUCGGUUCUUGAUCAGGGAUACGCUGGACCGCAUGGACGAUGCCGAGUACGUGGCAUGUCUUGGCAAUAUGUACGUGCUGGCGUGCGACGUCCACCGCACGGCGUUUCUCUCGACGUUGCUGGGCAACAAGCACGAACACGGGUUCAUUUGCGACCUGGCUAAAGUGAUCAGCCCCGACCAGUUGGACCAACUCUCGGAUUACGUCAACGGUGCAAAGUUGGAGUCCCAGCUCACGGGAAUGGAACGAUCGAUCACGUCGGACUACCUCCAUGCGCUCUUGACGGCGCCCGACACGUUUCCCACACCCUACACACCCUCUGAACAACGGCGGUUAUUUGAUGACGUGUGCACGUUGCUGCGUACGUGGUCGUCGGUUGCAAUCGACUUUUGCGAGCAUUUGGUCGACAAGUGUCGGUCGUUGCAUCCGACGCAGCGAAAGCUCUUGCUGGCCACGCUCCUCCAUGACGACUUUAGCACGACCAAAGCGGCGCUGGCGGACCUCGUUCUGCGUCUCUCGCCCAUGGAAAAGCACCAGAUUCAGUCAAUUUGGCACGAUACGACGUUUGAUCUAGGCUACUUCCACGACCAAGUGGCCCACAUGUCGAGUGAUACACGGUCCAAGGUGCUGUACGCUGUCAUGCAAGCCAUGCGCAGUAGUGGCGAUGGCGGCGGUACCGUAUCGGACAACGACGUUGUCGUGGCCGAGUCGAAGCAGGCCAAGACAAUCAUUCGAUUCUGCCGCGAGCUGUUUGGUUUGACACUGAUGGCAGACCCCCUCGGGUGUACCCCCCCCUCGAGCAACCACGAUCCCACGACCUCGGAAACGGCCGCGCACACGCUCGACGUGCUGCAUCAGCUAGACAGCACCACCCGCAACACGAUCAUGCAGUCGCUCGUGCACUCGAUGCCGUCGUUGCCGUCCAAGUCGGCGGUGAGUCUGGUCUCGGACGAGAGGCGGAGCGCCAUGCUAGCAGCCAUCGACGGCGCGCUGACCAUCCAUGUGCAUGGGAUUCGCAACGAUGAUGAUCAUGAUGUGUCCUCGGGGGGGUUGAUGGCGCCAUCGGCAUCGGCUACUUGUGUCCGUGAAGUGUCGGUGGAAGAGCAGAUUGUGCGUGGCAUGACCGAAGCCGACACGUCGUCGCUGCUGGAGCAUGCGAUGCUGUCGGGAGGAGCGCGAAACACGAAGAAGAAGAAGAAGAAGAACGGAUUUGCCAAAGUCAUCGGGAAGGUCGUGUCGACUCUGGAAACGGCGGGAAGGCGGCAAACGUUGGAUCGGGUACUGGUCAAGAUCAUGGAGCGGGCGACGGCGCUGGGUAACGACGCCAUGACGGACGAAGAGCGCGCGGCGUUCGAGAAUGCCAGCACGAUGGACAAGUUGAACUCGAUCAACCACGUCGCAUACCGAAAUGCAAAGAGUGGACACCGAUCAGACGACGAUGAGAAUGAUGACGUGGACAUGUCGGACGACGAGCGCGACACAGAUGCACUUGUCAAGAUGGGCAUGGCCAAUGUUGCGUGUCAAACCGAAGUGAACUUUGCCGUGGACGUGAUAGAGACACAAGGCGACGGCGGCGCAGUGUCUCAUACACUAGAGACGCGCAAGCAACCUGUGACGCUGUCCAGCCUCACGAAACGCGCCAAGGGCGGCAAAAAGGUGAUCAAAGUCGACAGCGCCGGCAUCCCGAAUGCUCUGGCGUCGCUGGUCACGUCAUGGAAGAUCAACGUCGAUCAGCUGGCCAUGUGCUGCAAGAAACCUCUGGCGGCGGUGCUGCGGACCAUCGCCGAUACGUACGCUGAAAAGAUUGUGCGCAUGAAGAAGAAGUACACAACGACCAAUAGUGGCGGCGGCGGCGGUAUGGCCAAGGACUCGCUGGCGCAGAUUGCGUACCAGUCGCUCUUGCACAGCUACGGCCUUCCAUCGAUCGCCGACAUGCACUUGAUCGGGCUAGGCUCUUCGCUCGACAUGUUUCGCAACCAGCAUCGCCGCGUCGACUUGUUUUGCCAGUUUCUGUACAACGAAGUGCCCGCAUCGCUGUUGGUGCACUUUCUAGAAUGCGUCGAAGUGAUACUGGACGAAUCCAUCUUGGACAAUGCCGAUUCUGGAAGCAUUCACAGCAACAACCAAGCACAAUCAAACAAUACCACACGAUUGGGGGUCCCGCCGUCGGUCUUUUCUGCGACACUGUCGCCGUCGGCGUCGGCGUCGGCGGUGAUGGCCAAGAAAGCCCGCAUCGUGCGGUUGAACAUCCCUGACAAGGACGAGUGGACGAUGCCGCUGGAUCGGGCGCUGGAAGUGGUCCAAUAUUGCUUUCGCAGCAUGCGACGGGUCCAUGUAUCGGCAUUCUGCGACAGAGUGUCCCAAGGCGGAUGCAACGCAGUCGACAGCACGACGACAUCAAUCGUCAACGUCGAUGUGCUGCUGGGAUGGGUGGUCAGCGAGUGGAACGAAGAGCAGCUCCGUCGAGAUAAACAUCUGCGGGAUGCAUUCCGCGCGGGCGACAACAACGGCGAUGGGCAGUUGAGUUAUGAAGAGUUUAGGCGCAUUGUGCUAAGCAUUGACAAGUCUCGCGAUGACUCGGAUGUGGUCCAGCUGUUUGGCGAUACACUGCGCCGAACAGGGAGUGAUACGAUCGCCCCCGACGACUUUUUGGCCGUGGCCAAGGAGUACGGGCUGGCUGAGAUGGCGUGGGACGCCGACGGCGAUCUGAGCUCGAUAUCCAAUGGCCUCGACGAGAUGAACGCCAUGUGGCCGUCUGUGCGGCCGUUCUUUGUCGGCAGCGUGGAAGCGCUCGCCCGCGAUUUGCCCCCGACGCACUUUUUGCGGACUUGCGUAGCCGCGGGAUGCGGAUGUCUCAAGUGCUUGGUCGACGGGUAUGCUGGGUUCCAGGUCAUGCGUGAUGAAGCGACGACCGACGCGAUGCAUGCCGCGGCCAUUUGGAAGCGGUUCUGGCAUCUCAUGGCGCAGGUACAGAUAGUCAUGCAAUAUAAUGCAUCGUCGUCCUUCAAGUUCGACACUCGUCAUGUGUAUGGAUGGGUGUUGUAGCUGUACGAAGCAUGCGACAAGAGCGAUGGCGUGUACACGCCGUGGGCGGGGUCGUCGCCGAUCCGCCGAUAUCCAGCGUCGCGCGGCAGUGUCAUUCGGUCCAACGCCAAUCGACGGCAUGCGUUGCCAAAUGUGCUGUUGCCAGAUGUCCACCGCAUCACGGGCAAAGGGUCGUCUGAGGUCGAACACUUGAACGAGGCAGACGUCGUACAGAGGCUGCAACGUACGCUGGCAUGAGAUGACGAGGACUUGUUUAUAUUACAAUUGGGAAAACACAAGAUAGUGGAAAACUCUAAACUACUAGCAUGUCAAGGAAUAUGGCACGAUAUGCAAAUGCAGCCUCCUAAAAAUGACUGGCGGCACUGCUGCUACCUUCGACGUAGGUCAUCAUGUCGUCGGGAACAUUUCGCACGCCUUCCAUCACAGACACCAUUUGCCCGCCGCACGUAACCAGCACUCGCUGUUCCACACGCCCACCGUGACGCAAGUAUGACGAUGUGCUGGGAUGAUGGUGGUGGUGGUGGUAGUGAUGACUGUGAGACUUGGACGCGGGCGGUUGUUGCAGGGAUGCCAGUGUCAUGGAUGGGGGUGGCGGUGGUUGGAAUGGUGAUCGGUGUUGUUGUGGGGACAUCACGGGGCUGCUAAUGGGACUGCCGUCAGCACUACUGCUUGUGUCUGACAGCGACAGACUCAUGCUUCGACUGCUCCUAGGCGACGUCAACGUGGCCAGGAGGGACGGAUCACCCACGGUCGUGUUGUACUGUUCCAUCAUGAUGCGGUAUUCUCGCUGUGCCGUGAGCAUCUUGAGGUCUUGGACGGUCAUGCCGGAGCGAAUGUUGGCGGGGUGGUUGGCGGCCGUGGGGGAUGAUGCAGAGGUCAUCGUCGCGGUCAUGUGGGGACCAAGCUGAUUGAGAAGUGAACCACACGAAUGAGAUCUUCGGUCGUUU